AGGGUGUGAGUGCUGUCUUGAAUACAGAAGGACAUCUUCACAGUUUCAACACAGGCACAUACUCGAAUUUGUGUUGGAUUCUCAUUUCUUCUCCAUCUGCCAGCCUCAGGUAUGAGGGCCUGCUUAAUAUUCAUUUUCUUACUGGCAGCAACAUUUGCCCUGUCUGUUAACAGUAAACCACAUGGAAAACAUCAUGGAUCACAUAAGACUUCACACACAGCCAAAGAAAAGGAUGUCAUCACAGAGGAGGCCAACAAGGCACAGAUCUCACCCACUUUAGUCCCAUUUGAGGCCAGCAGCCAAGAGCAAGAAGAUGAAGAACUGAGCUCUGAAGACAAUGCUAACACCAACAAAGAGGACGGAGAGCUGGAGAUCCCUGAAAAGAAAGAUAAAAGCACUGCAGUCCUGUUGAGUGAAGAGGAAUUAGUAGCGCUCUUGAAGAAAGAAGCAGAAGAGGAAGAUGUUGAGGAGGAUCAAGGGGAGCAUGAGGAGGAGAUGGAUGAAGGUAAGGUGGAAGCUGCAGAAGCAGUGGAGGAAGAGGAGAAGACACUGGAUGACAAAAUGGGUGAGAAUGCUGAAGAGGAGGAAGUGAAAGACGAGAACACGCAAGAUACAGAAACGCUGGGAAAUGAAGACCAGGCGAAGGAGGUGGAGAAGAUCAUAACUGAAAGGGAGGAACAAGAGGCUUUAUUUGAGGAAACAGAUGGCAGUACAGAGUCAGAGAUCCCAGUGGAUCUGGACUAUGCUGCUGAUAGUAGCAUCUUGCAACCUCUGAAGAUCAUAACAAAAGUAAAACCCAACGUGGAUGACAAACAGCCUUUUUUGAAAACACAUGAUCAAGAUGUUAAAGAGAAGGAGAACGGCGAGCACAAAUUUGAUGAUUAUGAUCAGGAUGUUCAGAACACUGAGGCUAUGGACAGCAAGGAGGUAUCUACUCAGGAAAACCUUCCAGAUGACAGAAAGUACAAAGACCCCAGUGCUAAAUCUGCAGAGGUGGAUGUGAUGCAACAAGACUCGGACAGCUCUACAGAACUUACAUCUAAACUGUCUGGAGGAGAAGCAGGAGAGGAAGAAAAAAGUAAGAAUGAGAGUGAAAGUCAAACUAAGAGAAAGACGAAGAAGCAAAAGAAGAACCACAGGGCGAGGAAGCACUCUCCACAGAGGGAAGAAACACAAGAAGGACAAGAGCAGAGCCAACAGGAGCCUCAGGAGUCUGAGGGCAUCGACAACACAGUUCACAAAGGGAAGAGGAGACGGGCAGGAAAAUGGGGGCCAUUAGUUGGUAUGAAUCCAGUGCAGAUCAGAGCCACAGUGGAGCUCUACCCCAGUACCAGGACGUCUCUUGGUGGGACCACACAUCACUUAGAAGCCCCUGCUGAUCCCUGUGACAACUUCCGCUGCAAACGUGGAAAAACAUGUAAACUUGAUGCAGAUAACAAGCCGAGCUGUGUGUGUCAAGUACCGUCUGAAUGCCCUCCCAGUGUGAAUGAAUUUGAUCACGUUUGUGGUACAGACAACAAAACAUAUGACACAUCAUGUGAACUCUUUGCUACUAAAUGUAACCUGGAAGGAACUAAGAAAGGACACAGACUACAUCUGGACUACACCGGGUCAUGCAAAUUAAUUCCUCCAUGUGUCGACACAGAGCUUGUCCAGUUCCCUCUUCGGAUGAGGGAUUGGCUGAAAAAUGUGCUGCUGCAGCUCUAUGAACACGACUCCAUGACACCUGGCUUCCUCACUCCCAAACAGCGUUUUAGAGUGAAGAAAAUCUUUGAGAAUGAGAGGCGUCUUCAUGCUGGUGAUCACUCUGUUGAGCUGCUCGCACAGGACUUUGAGAAGAACUACAACAUGUACAUUUACCCAGUGCACUGGCAGUUUGCUCAGCUGGACCAGCACCCCUCUGACAGGCUGCUCUCCCACUCUGAGCUGGCACCUCUUCGGGUCCCUCUGGUGCCAAUGGAGCACUGCACAUCCCGCUUUUUCCAAGAAUGUGACUCUGAUAAGGACAAGCAGGUGUCCUUUAAAGAGUGGACUUCCUGUUUUGGCAUCAGGGAUGAGGAUAUGGAUGGCAACCUGCUUUUCUGAGACUCUUUUGCCUCAUCUGCUACACACCCCAGUGGAAGACGAUUCAAGAUGCAGUUUAAAGACAGAAGCCUCAGUGAAUUUCAUAGUUUUAAGUCAAUCUGACAAGUACAGAUCAAAGAAACUCAUUUUAUGUAUUGUUGAUUAUUGGUGUUAUUCUGUGUGUCAGAUUUUCAGAUCUUUCUUUUAAAGUUUAUUCAAAGAUGCUAGAUUAAUUUUUUGAUGAAGAAAGUGUUAUGGUUACUUAGAGCAGUUAUCUAAAUGGAUUUCCAAACCGGGGAAAAGUUUACAAAAGCUUCUUAUAGCUUUUAUGUAGCUCCUUCUAAAAGAAAUGUGAUUUGCAUGUAAGACAGAUUUAGGUCAUUAGUACACUCCUGUGGAUAAAUAGAUUGUUUUCAAUUUUCUGAGUUACACUAGAAGAUGUAAAACUAUACUGUAUUGCUUACCCUUGUAUGUUUGUCCCUGUGUUUUAUGUUUAAUAUUAGCUCUAAUUAAAGCUUUAUGGACUGCGACAGACUUCACACAAAUAUGACACAGCAUAUUUCAGUGUACCCUGUUGUUAAUGAUAAUUAUAAAUGGCUAUGACUUGUGUUUCUUGACAAACCUAAAAUAAAGAUGUUGCAUCACAUUUGUGAAUCCCAGUGGACCCCAAAAGGCCCUGGAUCACAUCAGUUUA